CUUAAUCUUCACUUCAGCAGCAUACCUGCUCUGUCCUCUAAAAACCAAACAUGGCCAGCAAUGCCAAAGAAGCCAAACAUGAACCAACCACAUGCAAUGCUGGGGAGAUCAGGAUUGUGUUGGUGGGGAAGGCUGGAGCUGGGAAGAGCGCCACAGCAAACACCAUUCUGGGAAAACAGAGCUUUAAAUCAAAGUUCUCCCCUAAAUCUUUGACCGUACACUGUGCUAGGGCCUCUGGUGAGGUGGAUGGACAAAAGGUUGCUGUCAUCGACACUCCAGGUCUGUUUGACACCAGCAUUGAUGAACAGACAACCACUAAUGACGUUAGCCAGAGCAUUACUUAUGCUUCUCCUGGAACUCACAUCUUCCUGGUCGUCAUCAGACUGGGCAGAUUCACAGAAGAAGAGAAGAACACAGUUCAGAAGAUUCAAAAAAUCUUUGGAGAGGAAUCAGACAAAUACAGCAUGGUUCUCUUUACCCAUGGUGACCUGCUCGAAGGGCAGCCUAUUGAGAAGUUCUUGGAAGAAAGCGAGGAGCUUCAGGAACUUGUGGCCAAAUGAAACGGUCAGUACCACGUCUUCAAUAAUGACCUGAAAGAUCGUUCUCAGGUCACAGAGCUGCUGAACAAGAUCAUAACAAUAACAGAGAAGAAUGGAGGAAAUCAUUACACCACUGAAAUGUUCCAGAGAGCAGAGAAGGCGUUUGAAGAGGAGAAAGAACGAAUCCUGAAAGAGAAAGAAGAAGAAAUGCGCAAAGAGAGGGAGGAACAGGAGAAGACAAUAAAGGAAAAGUACGAGGAACAAAUGAAGGAAGUGAUGGAUGACUUGAAGAGGCAGAAGGAGCUGAUGGCACAGCAACUGAAACAACCUUAAAGUUUGUAGCGCAAAUCAAAUCAAAGUAUACGGUUGACGUCUUUAGUUUCAGUCUUUGUCAGUUUGGUCAACAUUAGUGAAGACAACAAGUCAUCACAUGAGGAGUGUUUGCAGUGUCUGUUUCAUUGAUAUAAUCUAAUACAGUUUGAUUAUCCAGUCCACCUGCAUAUUUGUCGUUCCUUCUGAACAGGAAAGUUCAACUGAACAAUCAAUGAUGCAACAAAGUACAAGGAAACAACACAAGACAGACUUCACUUCACUUCUUCAGCUCAGCAGCAGACCAGCUCUUCUCUCCAGAACCAACUAUGGCCAGCAAAGAUGCCACAAGUGAACCAACCAGAUACAAUAAUGAGGAGAUCAGGAUUGUGAUGGUGGGGAAGACUGGAGCUGGGAAGAGCGCCACAGCAAACACCAUUCUGGGAAAAAGGAGCUUUGAAUCAAAGUUCUCCCCUAAAUCUUUGACCAAACACUCUGCUAAGGCCUCUGGUGAGGUGGAGGGACAAAAAGUUGCUGUCAUCGACACUCCAGGUCUGUUUGACACCAGCACUGAUGAACAGACAACCAAUAAGGACAUUGCCCAGUGCAUUUCUUAUGCUUCUCCUGGACCUCACAUCUUCCUGGUCGUCAUCAGACUGGGCAGAUUCACAGAAGAAGAGAAGAACACAGUUCAGAAGAUUCAAAAAAUCUUCGGAGAGGAAUCAGACAAAUACAGCAUGGUUCUCUUUACCCAUGGUGACCUGCUUGAUGGUGAAACUAUUGAGAACUUCUUGGCAGAAAGCGAGGAGCUUCAGGAACUUGUGGUCAAAUGUAACGGUCAGUACCACGUCUUUAAUAAUGACCUGAAAGAUCGUUCUCAGGUCACAGAGCUGCUGAACAAGAUCAGAAAUAUAACAGAGAAGAACGGAGGAAAUCAUUACACCACUGAAAUGUUCCAAGCAGCAGAGAAGGCGAUUGAAGAGGAGAAAGAACGAGUCCUGAAAGAGAAAGAAGAAGAAAUGCGCAAAGAGCAGGAGGAACAGGAGAAGAAAAUAAAGGAAAAGUUCGAGGAAGAAAUGAAGAAAGUGAUGGAUGACAUGAAGAGGCAGAAUGAGUUGAGGGCACAGCGUGAAAGAGAGAUGGUGGCGACAAUGAGAGAAAUGAACCAAAGGCAGGAAAGAUUGGCUAGACAGUUAUCUGAGACCAGACCACGUGGUUUUUUAAGAAGGGUAAAAUAUGCUUUCGGUUGGUAGUUAAUUUGCUGCAGCAAAUCAACUACCUGUUGUUAUUUAUAAAUCUUUCAUCAAUCUUCACAGGGCCUGAUUUGUAAUCAUAAUUACUUAGUGAAUAACUGGUUAUAUUUCAAUGUUUGAUAUUGUCCUUAAAAGAUUUAGACCUUUAGAUUUUUAUGAGCUUGCUAUUGCACUCCAUGUCAUUAUCUAUCAGUUUGCUGGAUCAGAAACCUGCAUUGCAAUAAAUUCCAAUAAAUGAUAUGUAACUCUGGUGACAUGAGAAAUGUAUGACAUUACCAUUAAUCUUUUGUUCAUAUUUUUGACAUUGUGUAUAUUUUGUUGACUUGCAGAGGAUUAAUACCAGUAUGAAUUCCUGUUGCUUUAUGUUCUCCGGUUGUCAGCAAGUUUCCUUUAUAAAAAUGA